GAGCAAACUUUGAUCUCCGUAUGUUGUUUUCAAUCGCUGCGCUGCACGCAGAUGUGUCUUUUUAAACCCUAUUCGACGAUUAGUUUGCAAUCGUAAAUUGUGUGUAAUUUUUUUUUCGUCGUAAUUGUUCUCCGGGGGAUGAGUAACAAACAUGCUAAUGUUAGCGUGUUGACUUAGUGCGAUGGGUCGCCGCAAGUCCAAACGGAAACCUCCUCCAAAGAAGAAGAUGACCGGGGAUCUGGCAACUCAGUUUACCUGCCCCUUCUGCAAUCACGAGAAGUCAUGUGAUGUCAAAAUGGAGAGGACGAGAAAUACUGGAAUAAUAUCUUGUACAGUCUGUUUGGAGGAGUUCCAGACGCCCAUUACUUAUCUGUCGGAACCGGUGGACGUGUACAGUGAUUGGAUCGACGCCUGCGAAUCGGCCAAUCAGUAGUCCCCGGAGGUGGAGCCAGACGACAUUUAAGCGAUGGCCGACCUUUUCCGCCCGAUCAAACUUUCGACUGCGGAUUUAUUUCUUCUUUUUUUUUUUUCCCCCCCUCCCUGCUUCUUUUUAAAAUUGUUUUCGCUUUAACGUUAACGGUACAAAUGUAUUAAAAAUGACCGCCUGCAAGAAUCCCGAGCAUUAAAGAUGUCGCCGUGCGCUUAUGAGUCUGGACAGAAACGACCGUCGCGGACCACUUUAUUAGGAACACCUGGGCGAGCUGAGGUCCAUUCGAUUUGGUCACAUGACAUGUCUAUUGAGCGGUUAACAUUUCUGCCUCGGGAUUCAAACCUCACACGCUUCCCCUCUGGCAUAAAUCCAUAUUCCACGUAAUUUUACGUAGCUGCACUUCCACAUUACUGAAAACCAAAAAGAAACAUUGUUUGGAAAAACAGAAAAUAAUGGCUACUUUGGUCACUUAUACAAUUACUCAUUUUUAGGCACAGGUAUUAAACUCGAGGCCCGGGGGCCAGAUGGGACCCGCCACAUCAUUCUACAUAGCCCAAAAAGCAAAUCGUGGGGGAAAAUAAAUUUUCUCCUCAAAUACCAGUUACAAAUUGUCUUCACUUUGAAACAAUAUCAUCAUAUAUUGUUCGAUUCGAUUUAGGCGGCACGUUGGAUCAGCUCUGGCCUCACAGUUCUGAGGACCCAGGUUCGAUCCCGGAUCCACCUGUGUGGAGUUUGCAUGUUCUCCCCGUGCCUGCGUGGGUUUUCUCCGGGCACUCCGAUUUCCUUCCACAUCCCAAAAACAUGCAACAAUAAUUGGACACACUCAAUUGCCCCUAGGUGUGAUUGUCAGUGCGGGUGUUUGUCUCAAUGUGCCCUGCGAUUGGCCGGCAACCAGUUCAGGGUGUACCUCGCCUCCUGCCCGUUCACAGCUAGGAUAGGCUCCAGCACUCCCCGCGACCCUUGUGAGGAUAAGCGGCAAAGAAAAUGGAUGGAUGUUUCAAUUGACUUAAAAACUCACAGAUAUUUGACUUCAAAAGUCGUCACUGACAAUGAAUGAGUUUUAAAUUCUGCAACGUGCGCUUACGGCGUCACAACGUAUCAUCAUUCCGAUAUUUCGCUGCGGUUAUUGAUUGUCUGCCGAUUGAGAGUCAAACAUCAUGUCCAAUAAAUAAUAACUGAUUCCCUGCCCUCGUGGUCUUGCGAAUGAUGCCGCAGCAUCGGGUCAUCUCACCGGGAAAUUCUUUUGCUUGCUGAAAAGGUUACGCGUCAUGACUAAAUAUGUACAAUACACUGUGAAUUAUUAUUAUUUUUUUUUAAUGUGCGUUUGUUUUCUAUGCAACUAAACGUGUUGUAUGAAUAAACACGCAGACUGUAGUUGUCCUGGAUGAUUGUCAAAACAGAAGCAAUAAUAAAUGUUUGAAGCAGGUGAUGGAUGUUUGUCGUAUUUUCAUUUUUAAUGUAGCAAACGAGAGAGUUUUAGUGCAUACCGCACAAUGGGGAAAAUUGAACAACUGUCGACGUCCAAUAUGGAAAUCUGAAAAAUAAAAUGAAAUAAUGACAAGUUUUUCUUCAGACUUGUGAAAAUUUUCAAGACGAAAACCCCUAAUUCUCAGUGCUUGAAAUAUUUUUUUGUACUUCAGUCCUUUUUGGUUUAGUUGUAUCAAUUGUUUUGCUUAUUAAUUGAUCUCUGAUGAGUGACUGAAGUGCAGCACACU